CAGUCCUUUAUUUUGAAAUGCAUCGUGACGUAGGCGGAAAUAGAAGCCUGCCGCCGUGUUGUUUUGCCUCGGUUCUAGCUGCAAAUGAUUUCGAGAUUUAAUUAAGGUUAUAGUGAUGGCAGACGAAGGCUCUCUCGACGAUUACCCUACUGAAAUUGCGGAAUACCUCAGCAGUUUCUUGUCUUCUGUGAGCUCGGUGGAGAAUGUGAUUCAGACCCUCAUGUCCGUGUCGAAGGGCGAGCACCUACAGCUUGCCCCACUUGAGCAAGCCAAACUGGAUUUAAUGUCCGCAUAUGCCCUUAACUCCCUGUUUUGGAUGUACCUGGUAACACAAGGAGUGAAUCCAAAAGAUCAUGGAAUCAAACAAGAACUGGAAAGAAUUCGGACCUAUAUGAGCAGGAUAAAGGAGAUCACAGAUAAGAAAAAAGCAGCUUGUCUGGACAAAGAUGCAGCAUCUCGGUUUGUCAGGAAUGCACUGUGGGAUGCAGACAAUGCCAAAUCCAAAGACACUACUGUGCAGCGCAGCAAACCAGGCAAAAGAAAAUGAGUUGAAAAGCAACUUAAACUGCUGGGACUGUUAUACACAUUCAUCAUUAAUGAGCUUACUCUCAUCAUUGUGCCACCUCUCUCUCUCUCUCUCUCUCACUCUCUCUUUUUUUUUUUUUUUUUGACCAACAUAAUUUUAUGAUAAGAUUUGAAGUAUGAAGUAGAUCUUUACAAUGAGCCUGUACCUAGUUGUAAUGUUUAUAUGAAAGGUAUAUUCAAGUAAAACUUGAGUUAUGCAUA